AUGGGUGUCUGGGCCUCAGGCACCAAUAUCUUCCUCAGUCUUUGGAGGAUGUAUGUGUCUCCAAGGAGCCUUGGAUGGAUGGACUUCACCCAACAUUUGGGCACUUGCUGUUUUGUUGCUUUCAUUUCCGUGGGCCUCCUCUCUGGGGCCUUCUCCUGGCUUCUGUCCUCAUUCGUAGUCUUCACCACCUCCUGGAUGGUCGCGUGUGCUCUGCUGUGCUGCUCCAAGCACGCACGGUGUUUCAUUCUGCCCUUCUUCCUCUCGUGUGGCCUGCGUGAAGGCAGGAACGCUUUGAUCACCGCUGGCACAGGGAUAGAUCUUGGACACGUGGAAAAUAUUUUUCACAACUUUAAAGGUCUCCUGGACAGUAUGACUUGCAACCUAAGGGCAAAGAGCUUUUCCAUCCAUUUUCCACUUUUGAAAAAAUAUAUUGAAGCAAUUCAGUGGAUAUACGGCCUUGCCACUCACCUAAGUCUAUUUGAUGACCUUGUUUCUUGGAACCAAACCCUGGAGGUCUCUCUUUUUAGUCCCAGCCAAGCCCUGGAGGCACAGCUCAGUGACACUACAGACAGAGCCCUGCAUGUCUUGUACCAGGUAGUGAGGGCGACAGAGGUGUUGUCUUCCCUGGGGCGGCAGCUAUUUGCCCUCACAGGGCUUCUGCUGGUGCUACUUGGCACUGGCCUCUUCAUGAGGCGAUUUUUGGGCUCCUGUGGUUGGAAGUUUGAGAACAUCUACAUCACCAGACAAUUUGUUCAGUUUGACGAGAGGGGGAGGCAUGCACAGAGGCUCUGCGUCCUCCCGCUGAAUAAGCAGGAAAGGAAGAAGUAUGUCAUCAUCCCAUCUUUCUGGCUGACUCCUAAAGACAGGAAAAACCUGGGGCUGUUUUUCCUCCCGGUGCUUACCCAUCUCUACAUCUGGGUGUUGUUUGCAGCCAUAGAUUAUCUGCUGUAUUGGCUCAUCUUCUCCGUCAGCAAACAUUUCCAAAGCUUGCCAGGGCUUGAGGUUCACUUGAAGUUGCACAGAGAGAAACAAGAAGCUCAAGACAUCAUCCAUGAUUCUUCAUUUAAUAUAUCUCUGUUUGAACCCAGUUGCCUCCCUAAACCAAAGCUACUUCUGUCUAAGACCUGGAUUCCUCUCAGUUUUAUUCUUGUGAUACUAGUGAUGCUAGGACUGUUGUCCUCCAUCCUGAUGCAACUUAAAAUCCUGGUGUCAGCAUCCUUCUACCCAAGUGUGCAGAGGGAGCGCAUCCGAUACCUACAUGCAAAGCUACUGAAGAAACGAUCAAAGCAGCCAGUGGGAGAAGUAAAAAGGAAACUGAGUCUGUACUUCACAAAGAUUCAUUUCUGGCUUCCAGUCCUGAAAAUGAUUGGGAGGAAACAAAUGGACAUGGCCAGUGAAGAGAGCCCGUGAGAGGCCCCAUGCAGCUCCUCAGCCACGCUGCUCCAGCAA